GCUCAGCCGAAGGCCGCCUGCAGGACUGGCGAGGUGGGGCGCGCAGUUGAUCCAGAAAAAAAAUCUCUCCUCAAUUAAUUGAGAACAAAGGAGACCUGAGCAACAUGACUCAAAUAGGCGUGCCACGUGUUGUGCCCAGCGGGAAAAUCUACCGGCAGAUCUUCGAUGAUGAGAUCAAUCUUGUGCGUACCCUCGGAGAGGCAAGAAGCAAACUAGUGCAGCUCAAGUCACCACAGAAUCCAGGAAAGAUCCCCUUGGUGAGACAUGUGGAAAGUUAUGCUGGCAACGGGUUUUUAUCGGACCGUCAGCAGAUGUGGGUUGAGGGAAUGCCCAACGACGACUUCACCGAAAACCCUGUGCUGUACAAAGAGGCCAUGGCUCUGGCAUUUCAGAAGACUCAAGAAAGUGAGGACAUGGUUGCUGCCCGAGAAGUCCGAGGCCUUGCGGAAGUCAUUAUUCCGGAGAAGAAAAACAGCAACAUCAUUCAACGAAUCUCAAAGGCCAGGCAGCGCCGUCAUGAGGAUGUGGUGGCAACACUAAGACAGGAGCUGGCAAGCAUUGGGAAGGAAAGGGAACUGAGCAUUCUGGAGCCUGGGAAAUUGUUUUUGACCAAGUUAGCUGGGUCUGAUAAAAACAUUGAGUGCCUUCUUAAAAAAAUUGAAAAUGACCUCAACCUUGAGACCUUCACCAUGCAGGAUUUUGAAGAGAUGUGGAAUCUUGUCUCCCAGGAGAUCUUGCAAAGAAAGCAGUGGAUUAGAGAACUGGACGGAGCCUUACAGAAGGCCGAAGUGGCUCGAGCAGAAUUGAUUAAAGACAUGCUGAAAAAUUACACCAAGAUUUUGGAAGAUACUGGCUAUCUCUUAUCAUCUGAUAUCCACAGGUUCAUACACAAGGAAGCCAUGAUGAUAAACCAAGCUCUGUUGGCCAAUCGGAGAGCAGUGGUCAGGCUGUUUGUGAAUCUGAUGGAGGCUGACCUGAAGAAGAACGUCUUCCUCCGGCGCAAACUGGAGGAGAGGAUACAGGCUUGGAAAACCAUGCAGAAAGAGUCUAUAUUGUACAACUUCAGAAAAUUUAUGGAAAACGAAAGAAUACAGAACCCGAGCAUUGUGAAGAAGGAGCUGGAGAACAUGCUACAAGAUCAACUAAUGCUCAGCGAAAAGAGGACGGCACUUUUAUACUCUCUUGGCAAUUUAUUACCUCUGAUGCAUUCCAAGGCUCAGAUAAAUGAGUGGUAUGAAUCUGUUGUGGCAUUAAAUAAACGUAUAGAUACCCACAAUGUGCAAUACAUGAUGAGAAUUCGCAUCCAGUACGAGAAGGUUUGCCAGGAAUGUUUGUCGUAUGUGCAGGAGUGCAAGGAAAAGCUGUUGGAUUUGAGAAUUUGUACUGAAGAAGAGGCUGAAAGAAUGGUCAACCCCAGCUUUUUCCAGCUAGUUGGGAAAGUCCAGAAGAGGUUUGAAAAUGAGGUGGAAGCAAUGGAUAAUGACUUUGAACAGCUGGCUAAACAUACAGAAAUAAAUUGCAGGCACCUUUACCAGUAUUUCCAAGAUGCUCUUGUCCUCUGGGAUGUCCAUCAGCACAACCUCAUUCAACAGGAGAACGACCUUCAUAGCAAAUUGAAUGACUUGCGCAACAAGCAUGAAAAUCUGAACAAGUUACGGGAAGUUAACCUGGAUCUGUCCAUUGACAAACUAAGGAUCCAAAGCUCUGAUGAAAAACUGAAGGCCCAACUGGAAAAGGUUUAUGCUGCCUUGGACUUCAUUCGAGCUGGGUAUGAAGCCUUCCAUCAAGACCUUGAGGCCAAGAUAACGGUUUACCCACAGAACGUUUUGAAAGAACUGAUUUUGUACAGUGCCUGCAUCAGCCGGUAUUUUAAUGUGAAGGAGACCUAUGAAGGGGAGCCAAUAGGGAAGGCCGAGGCUGAAGAUGAAGAGGCAGAAAUGGCUGAGGAGACAGACAAAGCUGAAGAUGCAGCAGAGGCCCUGGAGGGUGUCCUCAACCAUGAAGAUGAAGAGGAAGAGUGGCACAAUGGCAGUUCUGAAGAGCAGGAUGAGCACGAGGCAGCGGAAAAAGCUGAGCGGAUGGAGAAACUGGGAGAAACAGAGAUCCCUUCUCCAGAAAGCGAGGAAAUGGAAACGGGGGCAAGUUUGGGCCCAGCAAGCGACACAGAGAAAUCGGAAGAUGGGACCGAAGUGCGGGAGGCUGGAGGUGUUCCUGAGAUGGCGGAGAUGACGACACCCAAGCCGGUGGAACUCUGUGCUGCACUGAUGGAGCCCUCAGAAGGGAUUCUGGAGUAUUUCACUACUUCAAGUGGAAACACGUACACAGUGCUUGAACGUACAGGGAAAUGGAAGGCCAGGAGAUCUGAGAAAUUCCAUGUUGGGAAGCUGAAAGAAGAUCUGCUUCCUUCGCACCUGGAGCAAGUGUACCUCUCUCGAACCUUCAUGGAAAAUGUGAGAAGAAAAAUCCGACUGCAGUUCUUUGAACAUCUGGAGAAGUGGUUUGCUCAGACUUUGUCUGCUUCAUGGGCCAUUACGGCCUCCAAGAAAGAGGAGCUGAAUUCAGAACUGCUGCUGCGCAUUCACUUGCAUGAGCCAAGGCGGGGACGUAUCGAGAAGGAUGUUUUCCAUGUCAGGAUGGCGGAACUACGACUUCACAAUGACCGUCUGGCACGCCACUGCGCUGGGGUGGUGGAGGCUUUGAACAAAGAGAAAGCUGCCUUUCAGAAGCUCCAAGAAAGCCAGAACACACUCAGCAAAAACUUCCGAAAGAGGAUUCAAGACAUGGAAGACAUCUUCCUGAGAGAGAACAGGGCGGACAAGCUGAUGUCUCUCAGCAACAAUUUGCACACAGAGCUGCUCAACCACAUGGAAGUGAUGCAGGUUUCCCUGCGGAGCUACAGGCAGUACUUGGAAGAGGCACUUGGAAAGCUGCAUGAAGCAAACACGGACUUCCUCAAAGCGUGCAGAUUAUUCUCAGAUGGGGGUAACUUUUCCCCAGAUGAGCUGGAUCACUUUGUCAAAUGCCUGCAGAAGGAAAAUGGGCGUAUCGACUUUGUGGAAGGCUUGAUCAUGAUUGACAUGGAGAAAAUGGAGUCCAGCCACUUAGAGCAGGCUAUGGAGAUUAUCAACAAGUUUGAGAAUAGGUUUCAUUACCUAGCAGUGGAUCGAGUCUUCAUGGAGAAAAUCCAGCGGUUUAUGACAAACAUGCAAGUGAAAAUCAAGUUGGAGGUAGCAAAGUCGAAUUUUCAGUCUCAGACGUUGAAUUCCCACCUGGAAAAGCUCCUUAGCAGGAUCGAUGCCUGUGCUCAUCCCAAUGUGGAUAAAGAAUCCAUCAGUUCCGAAGAGCUUUAUGAGUUUGCCAAGUUUGUGAUGGAGGUACUGAAGGAAAGAAGCAAGUAUCUCAACUGCUUGCUGGGACCGGACUCUGCGUUGCCUCAGCCAGAAGCCGCUACUCAAAGCUCCACAGAGUCCUCGAGCCAGUCAGGCAGUUUCCAGCAGGACAGCAAAGCAAUUGUGAUGGGCGUUGAAUGCACACCAUUGAUGAAUCCAAGCAGAAUGGGGAAGUCCGUUUUUGAUGACACGGCAAUAAGUGUGGUGAAGCAUCUCACUGGAAUCCAGCGCUCCAAAAGAACUGCAGAGCAGCAGCAUGAAAAAGAAGAACGUUUGCAGUUGGGGACAGGAGCUGCCGCAGGAGGAGUGUUUUAUCCGAUUCCAACAUUCUCAGCCCGCGGUGACACCGUUGCAAGCCCUGGCAGUCAGAAUGCCAUGCCUGCGGUAGCAAAGAAAUCUGUUUCCUUCAGCAAGAGGCUCUCAAUGGGCAGCACUAUGUCCAUACAGAAAUACAUUAAACAAACGAAGGGGGACAAGAAAUUCCUGAUCUUCGGGGACAAGCCCAAAGAGUCUGAUUUUGACCACUUUAAAGGGAUUAUCUUCAAUACUGUCUGGGAUAACUUUGAUAUUCUGAUGAAUGUUGCUGAGGAUUUCUAUAGAAAGGACAAGCAUCAAAUCACAAGACCAGAAUACCUGCAGGAAACCUACGACCAGUGUGUUGAUGUGAUGGGACAGAAACUCAUGCUGUAUUUGGAACAGACAGACAAUUACCAUAUUGUCUGCAUUGCUGAGUUCCGGGAUCAGCUGAGGAGGUUUGAGGAACUGCUCCCCGACAUUGCCCAGCUGGUGAUCUGCAAGCUUUUGAAAGACCAUGAGCAAUUCCUCCUGGAUUCCACAGAACGGAUCCGACAAGACUUCCAGGAACAACUGCAAAAAUGGGACCUUCAGAAGGACAAGAACAAGAAUAAACUGCGCCCAACUCUGGGGCACCCGGACAACUUACCCCAGCUGGAAGCCUUGUGCCAAGAGGAGGAAGAAAGGCAGAAGGCGCAAACGGAUGGGAUCCGUCUCUGCACCCAGAAACUGGAGGCCUGCGCUAUUGAGUGUGCCCAGAGAUUUGUCUCCACGUUGGCUGCCUGGACAGAAAAGAUCCUUGUGGAGUUGGACGACAGCCUCACCAUAGACGAUGUGCAGAUGGGAAAAACAGAGACUCCGAAGGAGAAGACAAGCACUCUGCUCCGCCGUAAGAAAGCUGGCCUUUCCUUAGCAGUGGAAGAAUGUCAGCUGGCGGUUGAACGGGGAAGCAGGUCCUGGCUUGGAAUCCCAAGAACUACACUAGCCAGCCUCCCAGAUCAAAUCCUGUGCCAAGAAACUGCUACCAUAACAACAGCCAAGACAACCCUGGGUCAUGUGGCUGCAGUGGAAGAGAGGGAUGCUGUGUACAUGAAAUUCAAGCAAAUGCUUGAAGCAGAGUUAACCAGAACCAAGGAAGAAAACAUAGCCCACCUGAAUAAGGCCCAACACUGGGCGGACUGGUGGAAGAAAUCGAUGCAGAAAAUUAAGCAACUGUACUUUUGAAUCCAUCAUUCGGCUAUUACUUGUUUCUUUUUCUUGCCUUUGUCAGCAAUGUAACGCU